AUGGAUGAUAUGGACGUUGAGAUUUGGGCGGAUAGCAUUUCGUUGCAAUCGUUCACCCGUGAAGAGUGGAAGUCUCACCAACAACAAAACGUGGAAAGAAGCCGGAAAAAGAUUGUGAAAUUCGAGGUAUUGGACAAUGAGGGAUUUCCGGUGGAGAACGCCACAGUGAGCAUAAGCCAGCUCUACAAUAACAUCCCUGUGGGCUGCGCCAUCAACCAAAACAUCCUUGGAAACCAGGCCUACCAAGACUGGUUCACAUCAAGAUUCACGCACACGGUGUUUGAAAACGAGAUGAAAUGGUACUCCACCGAGCAAUCCCAGGGCGUGGAGAACUACGCGGCGGCGGACGCCUUGCUCCAGUUUGCGCAGAACCACGGCAUUUCUGUGCGAGGCCACAACAUUUUGUGGGACGACCCCAAGUCUCAACCCAGUUGGGUCCUUGGGCUCUCUGGAGAGGCCCUUUGGAGGGCGGCUAACCGGAGGACUGAAUCGGUGAUGAGUCGAUACCAGGGGAAGGUGAUCCAUUGGGACGUGAUGAACGAGAAUCUGCACUCCCACUUCUAUGAAGACAAGUUGGGACCCUCUGCUUCGACUAAUUUCUACCAGAAGGCGCGCAAGUUAGACGGGCAGGUGACCCUUUUCAUGAACGACUUCAACACAAUCGAGGAACCCGGAGACUAUGCAUCCUCACCGGCUAAUUACGCGCAGAAGAUACAGGGUUUGAAGGCCAGUGGAGUAACCGGUUUAGGUAUCGGGCUGGAGGGCCAUUUCGCACACCAAGAGCCCAACCUUGCCUACAUUAAGGCUUCGAUAGAGACGCUUGCGGCCCAGGGGGCGACCAUUUGGGUCACGGAGCUGGAUGUCGCGCAGGGGUACAACCAGGCAACGUAUCUAAGCAAGAUUAUAGACGAGCUUCAUUCCAACCCGGCCGUGCAGGGGAUCAUGUUCUGGUCCGCUUACAAUCCGCAGGGCUGCUACCAAAUGUGCCUUACCGACGAUCUGACUCAGCAAUUUUCGGCCAGGUCAACCUAA